AAGUCCAUUUUAUCUCAUUAGAAGCCACAAUACCAUUAGGUGGAGAAGUCUCACUUAUCUAUGUGUCUAUAUAUACUGAAAUAGGAAAUUUUGACACAUCACUGCUCAUUACUCAAUCUUCUUACACUCCUAAUAAGUGUUUUUCAUUUCACAAACACCCUAAUCUAUCUAUAACAACAAUGACAUCAGAUCGAGGUGUUUUUUUGAACAAAAGCUGGGGUGUUGGUGGAAGAGAAAUGAAGGACAGAGAUUUUGAUGAAGAAGAUGUGUGGAGUGUAGCAAAUGAUGAUAGUGGCAAAGAAACCACAAGGGCAUGCAAGGAAUCUUGUGGUUCUUCUUCUUCUUCUUCUGCAUGGCGUUUACCUGCUGCUCCAAGAAAGAUUCCAAGGGCUAAUAAUAAUGCUAAUCCCCUACCUGCAGCUUCUGAUGCUCCAUUGGUUAAAGGAUCCUCAUCAGCACCUAUGGACAUCCCUGACUGGUCAAAGAUUUAUGGUAAGAGUUGCAAGAAAGGGUCAACAGCAGAUGAUGGUGCAAGCAACAAGGGUGGUGAUGAUGAUGAUGAUGACGACGAUGACAUGGUUCCUCCACAUGAAUGGAUUGCUAGGAAGCUUGCAAGGAGCCAGAUUUCAUCUUUCUCUGUGUGUGAAGGGAUGGGGAGGACACUCAAAGGGAGAGAUCUUAGCAAGGUGAGGAAUGCUAUUUUGACCAAAACUGGCUUCAUAGAGUAGUGGUUAAUUUAAGAGAUUUAAUUCGGUUGGUUGAAUAAUGUUAAUGAGUUAUUGUAAAUCUUGUGAGUUUGAUUCCUACUUGGAUGUACUAAUGUAAGCUACUUGGAUGUCUUCAUGUAAGCUUCAAAUUUUGGCAUCAUUAGUAGCCAUACCACAAUCAAAUCAUCCAUUAUUGUUUUA